AAUCCUGAAUUACAACUAAGUGAACAAAAAAUUCAAAGUGACGUAUUAAAUAGAUUAAAAAGUAUUCUUUUACAACAAAAUAAAAUAUUAAAAGACUUUCCAAACAUGUCCUAUCCAGAUUCUGUUCGGGAAUUUGAAAAUUUGUUUGCAAACUGGCUUCUACUGAUUGGUGAAGGUCGAAUAGCUGAGGUCACACCACAUACACAUGACCCAACAUAUAUUGUCGAAAGAAGCAUUCUUGUAUCAUUGAACUCUGAUGUUGAUAUGCUUAAUACUGAAAUUCUUUCACAAUUUCCUGAAGAAGCCAAAACUUACUAUAGUGCUAACUCAUUAGAUCAAAGCUCUCCUAUGUAUAAUUCAGCAUAUGAAGAUAUAUACUCAACAGAAUUCCUUAAUUUAUUAGCAAUUAGUAGUUUGUCACCUCAUGUCUUAAUCUUAAAAGUUGGGUCCCUUAUCAUAUUACUUCGAAACAUUGAUGCUAAUCAGGAUCUUU